UCAGCUGGUGCAUCUAGCGAUCGAACCAUCGAACGCGAAAGGCUGAGAAGACAGGGAAGAAUCAGAAAAAGUGAAAGAAGAAUUCAUUGCGAGAAAGAUAAGGAAAAACCGAAGAACUCGUCACCUAGGUUGUGCUUUUUCGUUUCUUAACCAGAGCCAGUUUUUCGCAAAGCUACGUUCUACGAGUUACAGUUGUCAAUGUGGAAGAAAUUUUUUCUGUAGUUUCAGUCAGUGCUAAAUAGUUGUGUGGAAGCGAACUGUUUUGCUGCGGUGGCACCGAGUGCUUUUGUUAACUACAAGAAGAAAAACUCAGACUGCAAACAGACCCGUGUCACUAAGCCGUCCUUAGUUUCCGACCAGACGUUUCUGCGUCCUGGUGAUUUCUGUUUGUUGAAUAAAUCGAAACAAAACAAGGUUCCUUGGAGCAAGAAGUUAGAUUUUUGCAAAUUUUGUCACGCAAACAUGGCGGAUCAAACAAAUCAAAAUUCGACGCAGGAACCAGUAAUAACCAGAUUUCUGCCGUUGGAUAUGAACAAUGCAAAUAUUGACCGGAAACGACCGUCCAAAAAGCUCAGCUUCCAGCAGAGUUCAGGCGUAAGUUUUCCAGUGAGAACGCCUCCGUUGUCGGACAAAACGCGAGAUCGGAUCAAAAUGCAGGCUACAGGGAAGCUUCAGAUUGCACCGAACCAGAUAUACGACUUCACAGCGGACGACCUGACAGAUGAGGGUGAAAUUGGUCGGGGAGCAUUUGGUGCUGUCAAUCGGAUGACGUUCAAUCGAACGGACACGACGAUGGCCGUCAAACGGAUCCGGUCGACGGUCGAUGAGAAGGAGCAAAAACAGCUGCUAAUGGAUCUGGAAGUGGUAAUGAAGUCGAACGACUGCAACACAAUCGUGACGUUCUAUGGGGCGCUGUUCAAGGAGGGCGACUGUUGGAUUUGCAUGGAGCUGAUGGAUACGUCACUGGACAAGUUCUACAAAUUUAUCUGUGAUAUUCAGCACGACCGAAUUCCGGAGCCGAUUCUCGGUCAGAUCACGCUAGCGACUGUGCGAGCUUUGAAUUACUUGAAGGAGGAACUGAGAAUCAUUCAUCGGGACGUUAAACCGAGCAACAUUUUGCUGAAGGCGAACGGUGAUAUCAAGUUGUGCGACUUCGGCAUCUCUGGACAGCUGGUGGACUCAAUUGCGCGAACCAAGGACGCUGGUUGUCGGCCAUACAUGGCGCCUGAGCGGAUCGAUCCACAGCGCGCCAAAGGGUACGAUGUACGCAGUGACGUCUGGUCACUUGGAAUUACGCUGAUGGAGGUGGGCACUGGAAAGUUUCCUUAUCCUAAAUGGGGCUCCGUGUUCGAGCAACUGUCACAGGUUGUCGAAGGAGAUCCCCCUAGACUGUCACCGUCGUACAAUGGCAUGGAGUUUUCUUUAGACUUUGUAAAUUUUGUAAAUACUUGCUUAAUCAAAGACGAAAAGGACCGGCCGAAGUACAGUAAACUGCUGCAGCACACGUUCAUUCAGCGGGCCCAACAGAUCCACACAGAUGUAGCGGCAUACGUGAGUCAGAUUCUAGAGUCGAUGGCCAACAAUGGUAUCACCCCGUUCACUACGAAUCUACCGGCGGAGCGUUGGAAUGAAAGCUUCAACUAGAACACGAACUCGCCGCAAUACGCUUCCGUACGUAUUGUUUCACUUCAGUGUAAGAUUCGAGUUAGCUACCCGCAGCAAAGCCACGCUGCACAGAAGGCGUCUAGGCCGGGUGAGUUAUUGAUCAUACGAGAUAUAAGAUGGAAAAGCUUGCACAUGUCGGGAUUUAUUGCCUCGUGUGUUUGUCUUUCAAUGUGAUAGCUGAGUUUGUUUUGGUGUGAUGAUUGAUUGGAUGAAAAGAAGUUCUGGGUCUAUUGUUUCUUAAAACUAAAAUUCUCUAAACCGGGACGGUUAGGUGAAAGGGGGAGAAAGGUGUGACGAGGACAAUAAAUUGUCUCCCAAUUUAUUUCGUUGUACACUUUUGUUUGUUUUUAAGGAAAUACUGGGAGAAGCUUUUGUGGAACUUUGUCACGAGUGAAUGGUUGUGAGAUGCGUGAUUGUGAAGCAAAAUGUGAACAGUAGAGAUUUAAUAAUUUUUAAAUAAAGUAUAUAAAAUAAAUAAAUAUGAAGGUAUGUAUGGAUACAAACUAAAACCCAGAGUUAGCUGAUGAAAUAGCAGAGACAAGGAAACAAGAAAAACCUAGUUGUUGUUAGUUGUUAAAUAAAUCAAUUGAUUUUGAACGCUAAAAAUAGUCGCUUUUUAGAAGAGAGGUGGUUCUAACGGAAAAGUUGAUUAAAUCAGAAAACAAUACGUUAGUCUGCUACAAUAACACGCUAAAAUACCUAAAAUACCUGCUUGAAGUAAACUUCUUGAGAUUUACAACCCCAUUAAAUAAUCGUCACUUGUAGCAGCUUUUUAUAUUUUUACCAGCGCUGAAGAGUAACAGGUGAUGUGCACUGUUGUAUUUUAAUUUUUUCAAUGGGAGUUCUGUGAUUCUUUCACCGCAUACUAAACAUCGGUUAUGGCGGCGUUCUCGUCUCACACAAGCAACUAUAUGUUCAAUUCGCUUUAUUCGUUGUUCGUCAGUUCAAAUCAGAUCCUAUGAUCUCACUGACUAUCGUAAAAAACAGUAGCCAUAUAGUAAUAUCAGCGCAUCCUCUUCUUAUUUUAGCAAGCAGAGCCUUUAACUUACUUCUUCCUGAGCUUAAGAACCGAAAGCUCGUUUCUCAAUGAGUUUAUCACCAGUACUAAAAUAGGAAGAAAUGCAAGAAAAACACACACACACACAUACGACUAUGAAAUACUAUAGAUUACUACACUACUAGAGUCAACAGGUUAAACAAAGAAACUACUAAAUACAGAAGAAAUUUUAAUCUUAGGCAAAGAAGAAACUAUUCUAAAGCUAAAUGGACGAAGGUCUUUCGAUAAUGUCAUGCCAUACGUCAAAAAAGAAAAAAAGAAAAUAAGAACGAUACAACCAACAAACAGGUACGGUUAUUGGUAGAUAAAACAUUUUUGUUAUAGAUGCAAAACAGACACUCUUUCACAUACACACACAUACCUACACGUAGGCAAGGAUAAAUCCUGCAGUGGUUCACACACUACUAAAUAGAAAUUAAAGUGAAUGAGUUCAACUAAUAGCGAUACAAGAUAAACAGAAUUAGUAAACCAUCCUGUACGUUGCGAUACUGCAGAGGAGUAAGAAUAAACCACAAUGCAAUAUUAGAGAAUUUCUGAACAAGAAA